AUGAAAGGCUCAACUGUUGACAGCGAUAUGUUUAUGAAUCAGAGAGUAGCUGGGCAACAACAGACUUCCAAAGGCGACGAUGAAUCAUUUGCUGCGUCUGAAUUAGAAGGGGACUCUAGAGAGGGAGAUGGUAACGCCGUUGAUAAGCAAGAGAAACAGCUGGAUCUUAUGACAAACAAGCUGGAACAACACCCAAUUCAACUCCAGCAGCAUCAACAUGGACAACGGUUUGUUUCAUUUCAUAGUUCUGAAUACAAGAAACAUAGGGAGAGGAUAUACAUUAGGUUUGCUUUGAUCAUACUUUCGAUGGCUACAUUAUUGCUAACUGCACUUUCAAUAUACUGGGGUGCCUUUUAUGAAAUAUCUGACAAGGUGAAGGAUUUAAAGAUGUUGGUAGUUAUCGGUGACGAAAACACCAUUGAGGGAGUCCCACCAGUAUUUGGAGAC